UUUGUAGUUUCUCAAAAGAAAAAUAUCUGUGUAGUAAUUAUAGGUUGACAUUGUAAAAAUAUUAUACCUAUGAUGGAGCUUAAUGACGUUUCCCAAACUAUAUUCAACAAUUCAACUGAUGGCUUAGCUUUAACUAACCUUGAAAACAUAAAUAUAUUUUAUGAAUCUAUUGACAAUCAAUCAGACUUACAGGGUGAUGUUAACUUAAUGGAAUAUAGUAUGCUAUCAAAUAAAGAUACUUAUAAUAGAAAUAAAGAAUCCAUCAAUGAACUAUUAAAAAGUUGGAACUUGGAAUGCAUUCUUCAAGUAUGCCUAGAUGAACAUAUUGAUGUUGAAACCCUAAAGUAUAUAAAACCUAGGCACAUGGAUAAACUUUUAGCGAAUCAACCACUUGGAAUAUUGAUUAAAUUUGAAAAUCACAUACAAACAUGGCAAAGAUCAUUAUUACAAGAUAAACCAUUGACUUUAAUAGACAGUACUUUAGUUUCUGGUGUUCAGAAUCCACAAAUGUCAUUACAAGACACACCAUUUAGUGGAAUAGACAGCCCUUUAGUUUCUGGAGUUCAAGUGCAUACCAUUUUAGCCAAUUCUACCAGAGGAAAAUUGUUAAUUGAUUAUUACAACAUCCACAAGGAAUUGAAUGAUACCAUUAGAGGAAACUUGGUUGAUCUUAUAAUCCAUGACAUUAUUUCAAAUGAUGUACCUAUGUCAAUUAACCUAGCUGAAAGUGUUGCUGAACAAAUAGUAACUAUGUUUCCUUCAGAGAUUAAGGAAAUUUACUUCAUGCGACAUGGGAAUAACAAGGCACCAAGAGGAAAAUUGUAUGCUAAAUUUUACAAUUGUAUGCGUGCACUUAAAUCCAGUGGCCUUAAAACAAAUUCUGUUAAAAGUAAUAAUUCUGCUCAUAAUGACACAUUCACAAAAAGAAAUGAUUUAUUUGUUGUAGAAACUGACAUUGGUUAUUUGUUGGACAUAAUAAAACAUGAUAAUGAAAUUUCGUUUCCCAAUUUACUAGAACAUUGGUCUGCCACUGUGCAGUACAGGCUAAAUAAAAUAAAAGAGGCUAAUUCAACGGUAGAAAUAUUAGAGGAAUGGAAAAAUUAUUCUAUACCAUUAGGGUAUAAACUUGUUGAUAUUGAUUUCCAUGGACUGUAUCAGUCAUCUACCAUUCCAGAGUUAUGUGAAGAAUUCAUAAAAUCGUAUGACAAUAUUCUACAAAUAAUAGAAGAAUAUAUAAAAGACAAAGAUGGUAAAUUGUUACUUCAAGAACUUAAAACAAAUAAUGAUCUUACACAAAAUGGUAAAGACUGUACGCUUUUACACCUCCUAAGUUCUUUAUUUGUGCCAACAUCACGCAAGGUUACCAAAGAUGAUAAAGGAAAGAACAGUGUGACAAAAUAUUCCAUAAAGGAUUCCCAGAAGAGUUUUAUUACUUUUCAUGAUUCAAUCGCUGAGUCUGAAAAUUAUUUAGAAAAUUUAAAAAAUAAAAAAAUGCCUAUACAGCCUUUUAUCAUAGUAAUUGGUACACCACUAAAACCAAAUCAAAUUUUAGUCUACUUUGAUUCUAUUAAAUAUAAGGUUUUUAAUAUUACCCGUGCAAUUGACAUAUGUUUUAAACUUUUUAAUUUGUUUAAUUUACAAUAUCCAUUGCAAUCUUGUGCAGUUUGGAUGUUCAUACAAAAAUUUUAUUAUAAUAUAUCUACUAAGUAUGAUACACCACACCAAUUAGUAACCCAAGUGUUACACUGUUUGAAGAAAAAAAAAAAUAGUAAAUUCAUUCAUGAAAUCUAAGAUAUUAAGA